CCCCCCCCCCCCAGGAAUCCCGAGCAGGGCCGGCGGGAUGGCUCAGUCCCCGGAGCAGGCCACUCUGCCCGGGGUACAGAAUUUGAAAGCAGAUCCAGAAGAACUAUUUACAAAGUUGGAGAAGAUUGGAAAGGGUUCCUUCGGUGAAGUUUUUAAAGGAAUAGACAACCGGACUCAGAAAAUUGUGGCCAUAAAAAAUAUUGAUCUUGAAGAAGCUGAAGAUGAAAUUGAAGAUAUUCAGCAGGAAAUAACUGUCCUAAGUCAGUGUGAUAGUCCAUAUGUUACAAAGUACUAUGGAUCCUAUCUGAAGGAUACAAAACUAUGGAUUAUCAUGGAAUAUCUUGGUGGUGGCUCAGCUUUAGAUCUGUUAGAACCUGGUUCAUUGGAUGAAUACCAGAUUGCUACAAUACUAAGAGAAAUUUUAAAAGGCCUUGAAUAUUUGCACUCUGAAAAGAAAAUCCACAGGGAUAUCAAAGCUGCCAACGUCUUGCUGUCGGAGCAAGGCGAUGUUAAACUCGCAGAUUUUGGAGUUGCCGGGCAGCUGACAGAUACACAAAUAAAGAGAAACACUUUUGUGGGUACACCCUUCUGGAUGGCACCAGAAGUUAUCAAACAGUCAGCAUAUGAUUCAAAGGCUGAUAUCUGGUCUUUGGGAAUAACUGCGAUAGAACUUUCAAAAGGAGAACCACCACAUUCAGAGCUACAUCCAAUGAAAGUCUUGUUCCUUAUUCCGAAGAACAAUGCACCAACAUUGGAGGGAAACUAUAGUAAACCCCUAAAAGAAUUUGUUGAAGCUUGCUUGAACAAAGAGCCAAGUUUUAGACCGACAGCAAAAGAAUUACUGAAGCAUAAAUUCAUAAUUCGAAAUUCUAAGAAGACCUCUUACUUGACAGAAUUAAUUGACCGGUACAAGAGGUGGAAAGCGGAGCAGAACCAUGACCAUUCCAGCACAGAUGAAUCUGACUCGGAAACUGACCGACAAGCAGCGGGAGGAAAUGACACAAGUGACUGGAUCUUCACAAUCAAAGAGAAAGAUCCAAUCAAGCUGCAAAAUGGAGCUACACAGCCCGACGAUCUCAUUGAGCGGGAUCAGGCAGAAGAUGCUCCAAAGCACAUGCUGUCUCAGUGUUUACCAACAAUUAUUUCUCCAUUAUUUACUGAGCUCGAGGAGAAGAGCCGAGCUGGAGGCGGUAAUGCUCAAGCAGUAGAAGAACUAAGAGAAGCCAUUUUUUUGGUAGAAGAGACAUGUCCUGGCAUUUCUGACAGGCUCAUAUCCCAGCUUGUGCAAAGACUUCAAAGGUAUUAUCAAUUGAUUUUAUACUUCGGACCCAGUUGUUGAAACAAAAUUGUUUUCCUGCAGCUCAGGUGAUGUCUUGUGUUUCUGAACUCUGAAAUCCCUCUGCUUU